UCCGCGAGCGCGGCCCCGCGGGCUCAGCGGCCGCGCGGGCCUCUCUCCGCCGGGCGCGCGGCCAUGGCGCGGAAGUGGAGCCUUCCUCUGCUCCUAGUGCCGCUCCUGCUCGGCCCAGGCCUCGCGCGCAGUUCCAGCCCUCUGCCCCUGGUCCUCAACACUUGGCCCUUUAGGAACGCGACCGAAGCAGCGUGGAGGACGUUAGCAUCUGGAGGCUCUCCCUUGGAUGCAGUUGAGCAGGGCUGUGCUGUGUGUGAGAGGGAACAGUGUGACGGUACCGUGGGCUUUGGAGGGAGUCCUGAUGAACUUGGAGAGACCACACUGGAUGCCAUGAUCAUGGACGGCACUACAAUGAACGUAGGAGCAGUGGGAGGUCUCAGACGAAUUAAAAACGCUAUUGGUGUGGCACGGAAAGUUCUGGAACAUACAGCACACACGCUUUUAGUGGGAGAAUCAGCCACCAAGUUUGCUGAGAGUAUGGGCUUUAUCAGUGAGGAUUUAUCUACCAAUACUUCCCGAGCCCUUCAUUCAGAUUGGCUUGCUCGGAAUUGCCAGCCAAAUUACUGGAGGAAUGUUGUGCCAGAUGCUUCAAAAUACUGUGGACCUUACAAACCACCUAGUAUCUUAAAGCAAGAUGGUCCUACCUAUAAAGAGACAGGAGAUAAUUACAGUCAUGAUACAAUUGGCAUGGUUGUAGUCCAUAAGAUGGGGCGUACUGCUGCUGGUACAUCUACAAAUGGUAUAAAAUUCAAAAUACAUGGUCGAGUCGGAGAUUCACCGAUACCUGGAGCUGGUGCCUAUGCCGAUGAUACCGCAGGAGCAGCCGCGGCCACUGGGGAUGGGGACAUCCUGAUGCGCUUUCUACCAAGCUACCAGGCUGUAGAGUAUAUGAGAGGAGGAGAAGAUCCGACCGUAGCUUGCCGGAAAGUGGUUUCAAGAAUUCAGAAGUAUUUUCCAAACUUCUUUGGGGCUGUGAUAUGUGCCAACGUGACCGGAAGUUAUGGUGCCGCUUGCGGUAAACUUGCAACCUUUACUCAGUUUAGUUUCAUGGUUUAUAAUUCUCUAAAAACUCAGCCGAGUGAAGAAAAAGUAGACUGCAUCUAAUCCUUCUCGUCUGUCACCAUCUCUGUUUAAAGAAGAAAGAAACAAAGGCUGAAGAGGUCACGCACCGUCCUCAGCUCACGUGCCUCGUGUAUCCUACCUUGUCUGUGUAAGAGAAGCGCAAAAAUAAACGUGCGCUGAAUUAGCACUUGCGGUUUCUACAUCGGAAACGUUUUUGAUGAUCUUUUUAUCUAAGCUUUGUAUAUGCCCUGAACAUGAAUGUGUGUGUGUGUGUGUGUGUAUUUUCUGUAUGUUUAAAUUUUAAGUGAUACUUGGAUCUCUGCUCAGUGUUUCAAGACAUUGCAACUUUGGGGAUUAAUUUCCAUAGUGACAUAUUGAGGCCAAAAGGACUAAUGGGUGUUUGGAUACUUACAGUAAUUAGAAUACCCAAGUUUUUAGACCCUAAGAACAACCUAACAAUGAAUCACAGCAUGAUUAGUCCUGAUUCACUUUCAUUACCUUACAGUGAUGGGUCUCUUAUCACUGAUUAUCGGUUUUACAUAAUGCUCCCUACUGAGUGGAAGAGGAAACAAUGCUGUUAAUAAUAAAGUUGAUUUUUGCAUGUA